UCUUUUUAUGUUGUAAUACUUAAAAACUUCUAUUAGAUAACACUUGUAUUCAUGUUGAAUUGCAGGAAACUGAGGAGAUGAUUGCAAAUGUUCUUGGGGUAGAAGUUUUUAGGCAGACAAUUGCUGGUAACAUUCUUGUGGGCAGCUAUUGUGCCUUCUCCAAUAAAGGUGGCCUGGUCCAUCCUUAUACAUCCAUUGAAGACUUGGAUGAACUUUCAACCCUCCUUCAGGUCCCUUUGGUGGCAGGGACUGUGAACCGUGGUAGUGAAGCGAUAGCCACUGGCUUGACAGUUAACGACUGGACAGUGUUCUGUGGAUCAAAUACUACAGCAACAGAAUUGUCAGUCAUUGAGAGUGUCUUCAAGUUGCGAGAUGGUGAUGUGGGAAUUUCAAGAGAUGGCUAUAGGUGGCGCAAGUAUGGACAAAAAAUGGUAAAGGGAAAUCCUCAUCCCAGUUUUGAUAUGUGAACAGGGUCAAGCUUCAGAAUGGGCGCUGCUGAGACGUCAUUCAUCUGAAGAAUUGUUUGGGGUUCAGAUAUGUGGGGCAUAUCCUGACACAGUUGCACGGAUAGUUGAACUUAUAGAUCAGGAAUAUAUAGUGGACUUCAUCGAUAUCAAUAUGGGGUGCCCAAUUGAUAUUGUUGUUAACAAAGGUGCUGGAUCAGCUCUUCUUACAAAACCAACGCGUAUGAAAAGCAUUCUACAAGCAGCUUUUGGUACAAUUGAUAAACCUAUUACUGUCAAGGUACGAACAGGUUAUCUGGAGGGGAAAAACCGCAUUGAUUUGUUAAUUGAAGAUAUUGGAAAAUGGGGAGCCAAUGCAGUAACGAUACAUGGGCGAUCACGUCAGCAACGCUAUAGCAAGCUUGCUAAUUGGGAAUACAUUACUAGUGUGCAAGAAAGGCUCCCGAUGCUUUGCAAGUCCUGGGGAAUGGUGAUGUCUUUACAUAUUUAGACUAGAACAGGCACAAGUCUGAUUGCCCUGACCUUUCUACAUGCAUGAUUGCUUGUGGAGCAUUAAUUAAGCCUUGGAUAUUUACUGAAAUCAAGGAGCAGAGGCACUGGGACAUAAGUUCUGGGUAACGUUAAAUAUUUUGAAGGAGUACGUUCGCUUUGGACUAGAUCAUUGGGGUUCUGAUGCUAAAGGAAUAUGAUGAAGUUUUUUUUAUUUGUUCUUGUUCUUUUACCUUUUUCCCCCCUCUAAUUCUUUUUAUCUUGUUUAAUUGGAUUAUAGUGUACUGUAUGGUUCCAAAUGUAUCAUCUGUUGCAUAUAGUUUAGGCUCAUCUUUGGAUAUAGUUGGAAGACAAGUGGUAUUUUUAAUAUUAUAAGUCAUAUUAGUGUGAUUUCUAUUCCUUUUUAA